CUGACAGGAAUCACUCUUCCCAUCUUCAUUUCUUGUCCCAGGGCCCACUCCCACUCCAGCCUUUCUACACCAUCAGUGUAUGAGAGCAUUAUUGUGCUUUUAAAAACCUGUCCAUGCUAGCCCUCUGGCAAAUCCAGGCCAGCCACUUGCAUAGCAUUCAUAGCAAACAAACCAAGCUAUGCCAAUAUUGAUCAAACCAGAUUAGCUGCACCACACAUAUGACGUAUCCUCUUGGAUCAGACUAAGACAUCUCUGGCAGUCCCCUGAGUGUUGACGUGGGCAUGUGUAGGACACACUGUGGCGGCCCCCAAAGGAGGAACUCCUACAUUUCGGGAUUUCCCAGUCUCUCCAGACAGUCCUCUAUGCUGGACUUCAUCAGAACCAAGAAGGACAAGCUCUCAGAACUGCCGGUGUCUGCUGGAUCCAAGCACUCCUCCUGCCCUCUGGCCUAUCACUGUGAACCCAGCCAAGUCCGGGUGGAGAACGUCUUGCUCCUGGAUGGGGUGCAGCAGGUGGAGGUGAUCGAAGGCUGCCAUUGCAGUGCAAACCCAGCUGAGUGUCUCCGGUUGCCCUUCCUGAAAACGUUCUUCCCAGACUCCCCUCUGGAACAGACUGUGGAUGUUGGCAAGUGUUCCAGUCCACCACGUGCUGAAGAUGGGCUCUUCUGCCUGCCCACAAAUUUUGACUCGGUGCUUCUGAAGAGCCCAAACAGGAACGAAAUGAUCCAGACUCUGGAGAGCUGUGACUUGCAAGAAGCCUGCUAUCGGAUCUCCCACCAAGAGUAUUACUUCGAAGUCGUGCUCAGUUCUGCCGGGGAGAGGCUGGAACAACUGAAGGAAAUCGACGUGGGACGCUGCUUUGGGCAAUGCUCUUCCAGAAGCCGCUGCCUGCUGAGAGACCCACAAACCCAAGACAAGUGCCUCCUGUGGGCGGACACCUUUGCCAGCAGCUGCAUCCCUCACCAGUACAAGACACACACUUUCCGAAGCCGGAGUGGCCAGCUGCGUACCGUCUUUACCAUCCAGUCUUGCAAAUGUGAGGGGCCUAAAGGCAUCGCAACGGGAGCCUCUAACAAUGUUUUUGCUGGAGAAAAAUAAACCCGGCAGCAGGAAGGGUUUUUUCAUCAUUUGCGGAUGCUUCUUCCCAAUAAGGUGUACAAUAUGUAAAUGAGAGGUGAAUCAUGUGUAAA